UCCUGAACGUUUAUGAUAAAAUGUGUGAUCUGUCGGGUCUGUUGGUAACGUGAUUCGUAUAAUGCUGUAUAUUAUGAAAUGAAGCUUUUUUAUGUAUAACUGCCGGUGAUGGCUUGCAUAUCUGAAUUACUGUCUGCUGGUAUCAUAGAGAAGGAUAUAAAUAAUGAUGUUUUAUGGACUUGGGCCUAUCCAUCCAUAUCAUCUGAAUACAAAACACUUAUUAUAAAUAAAUGUGGCUUAGGAAAUGGCCUAGGUCUCAGUCAUGGUCAUCAUUUAGUAUCUUUUUGCUACUACCAUCAUCAUCAAUCUUGGUUUUACUUGCAUUUAACAGAUGUAUUUGAACUUCCUAACUUACUCAGGGUGAAACAAUUUGUUCUUGUGCUUCAAGCUCGAGAUUUUAAUCCUGAAAAAUAUGAAAGCUUAUCCCGCAUACUAAGUAAAACAUACAGUGAAACUGGAAAUCCAGCCAACAUGCUACAACUAUACCUUUCUGUUUUAGUAAAAGGAACAUGCUCAACUGAAGAUAAUGGUACUUUUACGGUUAAGCAGUUUGACAAAGUUUCUAUCUUCUCAUGUGUUCCAGCUAAAGAUGUUGUAAAAUUAUUUGGACUUGAAUCAAUUCUGAUUUAUACUGCACUUCUUUUGAGAAAACGCAUUGUUGUAUAUCACCAUAAUUUGGAUAGUUUGCUAUGGUUUGUAAGAGCCCUUCCAGCAUUUAUGUGGCAUAGACAUGAUUGGAGUAUUAUAUAUCCUUACAUGCAAUUAACAAAUACAGAAAUAUCUGAGCUAUUGUCUCUUCCUAACUACGUGGCUGGAUUUCGGGAUGCGGCUGUUGAAGGAAGGACUGAACUUUAUGACGUAUUUGUGAAUUUACCUGCUAUUGAAAUAACUGUUGCAGCUCAUGCUAAAGAAAUGUUUGCCAUGACUAAAACUCACAAGGAGAUUGCUGUCUUUAUGACUCGACAAGCAGAAAAUCCAGAUCUGAAUGAAAAAUUAUUUAUUAAAGAAGUUGCCAACAAAACAAAUGAGCUUCUUAGAAGUUUGAGAAAUUUAGCUGUGAAGAAUGAAUUUGGACAAAAUGUUAUUAAACUAGAAGAACUGAAAAAAAAUAAGUUUGCACCUGCUCUUGAGAAUUUCUUAUGGAAUUUAGCUACCGCUGAAGGUUAUACCGAUAUAUGAUGAUUGAAAGCAAAUAUUUUAAUUAUUCUUUUAUUUCAAAGUUUUCACUUGUGCCUUAUUGUUUUUUUGUAUAAAAAUAAAAUAGUUCUGUAGAUGUCUAAAAAAUAUGUUUAAAAUAAGAUAUCGGAAUUUAAUUAUUAAAGACAUUAUUUGAGUAUGUUUAAUUUUUCAAAGAUGAUUUCUUAAAUAUUAAGAUAAUUUAUGUUAAAGGAAACGCAUAUACAUUAUUUUUACAUAAUGAUUACGGUAAAAUGUUCUGUAGAUUUAGUAAUUACACCAGUGACUAUUCUGAUACUUAUUUAAAUAUUUGCGAUUAAGUUAUUAAAUUUCAUUUUUAUUAGUCGUAUGUUAAAUGAACUUUUACUC